AAGUGGAGCAUCAUCGUCUCGAAGCAGUAGUACUAGCAGCUACAUUCCAAUGGCACCACUACAACCAACAACUGGAGGUGGUGUUGGGAAACCACAGCCUCCCGCUAAGCCCCCAAGACGGUCAAUAGCUACUGUAUCACCAGGCAGCAGACCUCACAGUGGUCGACCAGGUUCAACCUACGAAUACCUCAGUUUAGCAACAAGUGGUAGCGAUCAGUCACCACCUAUCGGAGGAGGUGAAUCCUCACGUGUGAACUCAGUUAAAGAACAUGUAGUGAAACGAACACGGGGUGGAGAGGAUUAUGUUGAUAUGAAACUCAGGAACAGUAUAGUAGGAAAUUACGAAAACCGGGACGUUGUUCUCGCGUAUUCCGUUGCAAGCACUGUUGAUAAUCAAGAAACAGUAAUGGAGGAUGCUGGAAGGACAGAAAAAUAUGUAAAUGGGAAUGAAGAAACUAGUGUGAAUGAUUACGAUACUGACUUUUAUGAAAAAUCGUUUAGUGCGCUUUAUGAUGAUAUCGCUAGUGGUAAGUUAACCACAUUUGGAACCGUCCAAACCAGUUCCAAAAGUACGACAGCUCUAACUCAAGGUAAGGUACUCACCAGUUCUCACAGUGUUUUUACUAGAGAGGACAGUAUGACAGCUAAACCUAGUUUUCUAGACUUUCAAAAUAAAAGAGCUACAGUGCAAAUCCCAUUGAGUCCCACGAAUUAUAACCAACCUCCUACUCCGGAUUUUCCACCUCCUUCACCAGCCACUGCCGAGCAUGGAAUCCAUGAGAAGAUACGACCCCUGAGUCAGGAUGAAUUAAGUGACGAAACAUCCGAUAUUGACGAGUGUCCAGUAAAGUUACAAGAUAAUCUAUCAUAUCGUCUGAAUUUAGCCAGAGUAUAUCAAAUUGGUAAACGUGCAUCGCGUGAUAUAGAAACACUCACAGAUGAUGAGAUAUUUGCUACCAUUGACUCCAAGGGAAAUAUUCAAGUCACCUUAGGAACCGAAAAUAAAUCAGUUUCAACUGAUAACAUUGAAGAAGUUAUUGAUGAUGAUCCAUUUGCAGGGUUGUGUCGUGGUUCUGUGUGCCCAGAAAACUGUAGUGACGAUUUUAAAAUUUCACUUCAUUUAAGUAACCCUAAGGGACCACCUCCACCCAUUCCUUCAAAGAAACCACCAAUUCCUCGAAAACCUCGAAACAUAUACGAAGACGUGGGAAUUGAAAUGGAGGGUGUAGGGAAGAGUAAAGUUGUUUUACAGAGUUCUUCAGAAAGCAAGGGUGAUAGUCGCAACAGCUUGUCUGUAAUGAGUCCUUUUGAUGAAAAUGCUGAGUGGGCAGAGAUUGCUGAUAUCAUGGCUUCUUUUGGAAGUGGAAUAGCACGUGAAUCACUCUUUUCAAGUGAGAUGGAAGAACACUUUACAAAUGCACUGAGUUUAGAGACUUCAAAAACAGCAGAUACAGAUAAAUUCCAAACAGUUGAGGAAUGGCUGACUUAUCUUGGUCUGUCUGAUUAUGAAAAUCUCUUUAUAAUUAAUGGAUUUGAUGACAUUAAAUUUUUGGGUGGAAACAUUCUAGAAGACCAAGACCUUCAGAAUAUAGGCAUUUCUAAUAAAGAGCACAGACAAAAAAUUAUAAAUUUUAGGAAGAAGCUACAACCUGUUCAACCUAUAGGAAAAGGCAAAGGAAAAACAAGGAUGCCCGAAUCAGUAAAUGAUUGGCUGAAAUCAUUACAUCUUGAAGAGUACCAAAGUACUUUUCAGAAGAAUGGUUUCACAGAAAUAGAUAGAGUGAUGAAGAUAUGGGAAGUGGAACUAAAUACGGUAUUACAGAUCAACAAACUUGGUCAUCAGAAGAGAAUAUUAGCAUCUCUUGGAGAAAGAAAACCAGAACAGUACAUGGGUGACCUUGAAGACUUUGAUUUAUCAAAAUUGAAUUUGAAUAUUAGUGAAUUGGGUAUUGAUGAAACAUCAUCCUCUGAAGUCAUUAAAGAUGCAGGAUUUUAUAAAGACUACACUAGUGUUUUGUCAGCAAGAAGGCAAAAUAAUUACUCGCAGUCAUCAAAUGGAGAUAAAGAAGAACUGAGGAUCAGGUCCCCUACACAAUUAAUGAGUGAACCAGGAUCUGUAGGAACAUGUUCACCCCAACAGCAAGUUAGUGGAGUCCCUGCUUGCUUAACUGCACAGUGGCGCCACCAACCCGAUGUUCUGAUUAAAGGAAACUGUAAUUACAAAGCACAGUAUCUUGGUUCUACCCUGGUGAAGGAACUGAAGGGGCUGGAAUCCACACGUAAAUCCAUACAAAAACUUAAGAUUUCUACAAGAGAGACUGCAAAUGUCCCUAAUGUUUUGCUGUCUAUCUCUUACACUGGAGUUAAGUUCAUUGAUGUCCACACUAAGCAAAAGGUUUGUGAACAUGAAAUCCGAAACAUUCACUGUGCAUGUCAAGAUGCAGAGGACCUCAAUCACUUUGCUUAUAUCACCAAAGAACACCGGACCAACUUUCAUUAUUGUCAUGUAUUUUGUGCUGAGAAUAUGGAUCUUGCUACUGAGGUGAUACUGACCCUGGGACAAGCAUUUGAAGUUGCCUAUCAAAUGGCCCUACGCGACAAAACUAAGUCUGCUCAAAAGUGUGAACGAACUCUGAACAAAUGUGAUGAUCGAAAGUUGGCUGAGAAGGGAAAGAAUGAACCCUCUUCUGCUGACAAAAACCUAGUCCAACAAGAUGCUGCAGUCAGUGAACAAGUAGUUUCCAAAAAGACAACAUGACAAGACUAUCACUUAAUCACUCAUAUAUAAAUAUAUGUAUAUGUAUGGAUGAUUCCUCCACAGUCACUUGUGGAUUCUGUCUGGUUAUUGCCCAGAGGGACUGUUUUUCAAACCAUUUUCUCUAUUGCUGAGUACACAAAUCUUUAUUAUAAAGAUACUGAAACUUGUAUAUGAUUGCAAUAAGUCAGUCUUGGUUACAUUCAUAAAGCAUAUAUAGAGUUCACAAUAGUCUGUCUGAAGUGCUGUAAAGCUGAAGCUCAUUUGAUUUGAUUUUUUUCUAUUGAGUAGAUGUGAAUUUUUAUUCUUAUUUUAUAGCUUUGAUCUUUUAUUAUUACAAGAUUUUCUUUAAAAAAGUAUUCUUCUGAAGUUGGUUUAAAUUGCAUGUUGUAGCAUUUUAAAAUCUAUCCUUUUAGCAAGUAUGGUUUCAUAAAUCCCACCUUAAAUAUCUCUUUUAAAAAUUCUAAAAUAGCUAAUUUUGUAAGUUGUUUAGAUUAGGAAAACUUAAGUUUUCGUUUAAGGUCUUCAAGCAUUUUAUGAAUUUAUGUGGUGAAAAAAUAAUAUAGGUUCAGUUUACUUUAAUUAGUAAUGUAAUUAGUAUUUAGACUAUUCCUGCCUCUAGUUUCUUAAUAACAAACACACAUUCUUUACUCACACUCAGCUAUUUUAAAGAAAUAGUUUCACCAGCUAGAGCAUAACAUUACUGAAGGAAAUUUGGACAUCACAUCUUAGCAAAAAUGUCACCAUUAAUGUCCCCCUACUAUCUGAAAGUAUUUAUAAUAUAUGAAAAAUAGACAUGAGAGACAUUUGAAGUCUUCAUGAAGUUAAUUUAUUGCUCCAAGUUAACACAGCAAUGUUAUACUUUUCAAGUGAUCAAAAUAUUUUUACAAGAGAAAACUUCUGAAGUGUUUAUGAAUUAUUCUCCAACAAAGAAUAAAGCAUACUUCCAAAACAGCACAAAAAAUUUGCAAAUAUAUGUGGAAUAUAUAUGUGUGUAAAUGUCUGAAAAAUAUUGUAGUAAAAUAGCUUUUGUCAUCUAUUUAUGCCUUAAAUGACUAAGUACAGAACUCGUGACAGAUUUAAUAAAUUCAGUUAGAAUGAUUUUUCACCAUAACCUAUGCUUAAGGAAAUGGUGAAGCAACUUUUUCUUUUGUACCCUCAGUAUAUUACUAACUAAUUAUUACUUAGUUUCAAAUAAUACAGAAUCUCAAAUAUGAUUAUAUGUCAGAUUUCUUUUAUAGAACUUUUAUGAAGAUAUGUCUGAUUUAUGAUAGACCUUAGUGAUAAAUAAAGAAAAAAUUUUUCUUCACAAAGUCUUAGGCACUACGUGUUCUUCAGAAAUUUUCUGUACAUAACUGGCUCUAUUAAGUUAGACAACAUAAAUAUCUUGAAACUAAGAUCCACAUGUAUUGUCAAAAAUUUUAAUCUGAUGGUUUAUUAACUUUUUAAUAUAAAAUUUAAAUAAUUUGAAGCAUUAUAUGAUAUGCCAGAAUGUCUUGAGUUCUUCAUAAGAUUCAUUGGAAUUCUUAAUCUUUAAAAUUUUGAAAUUCAGGAAAAUUAUCUCAGAUCUUGAGAUUAUUUCCUUAGAUAGAAUAACUAGGAAAUAAAUUUAAAUCAAAAAGUCUCCCCCCCCCCCCUUCAUAUUAAGAUCAAAGUAGGAAAAAAAACUUUUUUAUGACAUGGCUAGUUAUGAAUAUUUAGUUUUCUCGAAGACAAGUUUAAUGUGUAAAAAUUAGGAAAUUAUAAAUAAUGUUUUAAAAGACAAUAUGAGACGUAAAACCUCCAUCAUUUUUAGUGUUUUGAUGGAAAAAAAGCAUAAAAAUUUUAUUAAGACUCAACUUCAAGUUUUCUUAUUCUUAUGAAUUUCUAAUACUGGAAAAAAAUACACUAAAUCAAGAAGAUGAAACAGAUAAAUGUACCAUAAAAUUGUUAUAAGUUUUUCUUUAAAGUUCAAUCUUUAAAAUGUACUUUGUUUCAUCCACAAGGUGAAGAAAGCGCCAUCUUACGUUAUAUUUAGACACUUUUUAUUGUCUCCAAAUUAUGUUUUGUAAAUAUUGGUUAGCUUGUUCUUGUUUUGUGUUGUAUUGAGGAAAUAAUUGAUUUUGCUCAGCUGUUUCAUGAUGUAGAGUAACAACUUUUGUACAUAUGCCGUUUGGGUGUAAAUUACAUACAGUGUAUUAUAUUGAAGUAUUACUACAUUUUUUGGUUUCCUGUAUUGGAAAUGAGCCGGUUUAAAUUGUUUUGUAGACAUAUGCAACUCCUGUUUUUGUGCCCUUUCAGUUGUAUUUUAUAUUCAACGAAACAAACGACAGAAUAAACUUGGAAGAUGCGUGUUA